CAAGAGGACAAAUGGAAGAGGGAGAAUGUUGCUUCAAGAAAAUAACAAAGCUAACCUUUUCAUUCAAGUCUACCCUAAUACAGCUACUUAGAAACAAGUUUCUGAGCUCACGUGUCAGCAUAUAGAUAGUCAGCUGAGGGACAAAGGACUCUUCAGCAACGGUCGCCUUUUAAAGAGUUUCUAGCUCACAUAGGUCGUUAACCAGUGGCUGGGACCAGCCGUUCACGUCUGACUGGCUGACGGAGGACACCUUUUGGAAGCCGGAGACAGGCGAGGUGUUGAUUACUGCUAGACAUCUCCAUCUCCCUUUAAUGUGUAGAAUGGGAGAUGUAACCUUCCCGCUAAUGCAGAAGGAAGACGAGAUUCACAAAAUAACCUCACUUUCCUCUCCUCCCCCCACAAUGACUCGCAAAUCCGCUCUGAAGGACUGCAGGAGGGGAGAGAGGGAAGGUGCAGUUCUCUUGCCCGAGACUGAAGUCUGUGCUACCUACAUACAUGGUCUCUGUUGGAUACUAUCAUUGGCCUCGGUUCAUGGCUUGCAUCAAAACAAACCACAAUCCCUGGGCUGAACAUAACUCUAAGGCAAGGAUCAUGGUUUUGGAGUGAGGAGGGAAGUUGCAGUUAUCUGGGCAUUCAUGGUUAACUAUGCCUUUUAAACGAAGAUGUGUGAACACACCCAAAGCAGAUUACACACAAUUUAGGAAUAGUCAAUCUGUAAGUACAAUAAAAAUGAUCGGGGGCGGGGGAGAAAGUGAACAGACAUAAAAGCCCGUACUAAGUAAAAUGGUUUCCAGCUACAAGUCCCGCCAAAAAGUCACCAGAUUCUGUGCCAAAUUAAGGCUCCCUGGGGAGAUCAUCUCAAGGGUCUGUGCCAUAAUAAUAUAGGGUUGAAUCCAGAGUUAGUCGUGCAUUGAGCAGAUCUUUUGAAACCCAUGUGAGUUAAUUUAAUUGUGGCUAAUUCAAAACCCCAUUUCCACAGCCAGUCUGCUCUACGAAUGGCUCUGCCGGGGAGAUGUACGGCUCUCCCCCUGUGGCAGCAAAUGCAACCGGGCAGCAAAGAGCCAGGCGAGUCUUGCAGCGCAUAAAAGACCAACGAAUGCAGACUGGGGGCGGGGGGCCGCACGGAGUGAGGGGUGGGGAGGGGCUGGCUCUCCGAAAAGGGAGGAGACUCCUCGGCCGCCUUCCUCCUGCCGCCGGUUUGUUUUCUUCCUGCUUGUUGGCACCGCCUACCAGGGCGGGGCGGAGAGGCCGCGUUUCGAAAUUCUUCUCUUGUCCCCUUUGCGCUCGCCGUAGUUCCUCCCAAGAUGGCGGCCGCCGGUGACGUGCCGGUUCGAGUUUGCAACCAAGAGAUCGUGAAAUUCGACCUGGAGAUUAAGGCGGCGGUGCAGGUACAGCAGCCCCCGGCCUCGGUCAAUACAUCGCGGGCGACGGGCAGCUACGCGCUUCUCUUCAGAGACGCACUUCCGUCUUUUGUUACACCGGGGUGGGUGGGGCUUCGUGGCCACGCCCCCUCUGGGCAGCCAGGUUCCCUUAGCGCCGCCCUCUCCGCCUGCGUCCUAGCGGAGUCACGUGGCACUUGAAGGCCAACGCAGUUGCAACGAUGCCCGCUGUGGGGCGCUGGCGUGCACUUCUCAGGAUGCACACAAAUGCCGGUUCAGGGUGACAUUCCACGCAAUUGAUGAGCCACACAAAUUACCACGUGCCACAGUAGAUGCAGUUAAGUCUUUAAGGUGCCGCAUGAUUGUGUUGUUGUUGGUGCGAUGGCAGUUCUUCCUCACAGCUUUUUAGCUGCAGAGGUGUCAGGAUCAGACUCUGGAGAGGUGCCUCCUCAGCCUUUGAAAGUUUCCACGAUAGGGAAAGUUCCUGCAACUUUUCCCACCUUCAGCUCUGUGUUGGAAAAAAUCUCACAAUAUGAUAUUCUCUCUUCUGUGCCGUGAUUGGAGGCAGCACUGGGAGCUGGGGUGUCUGAUGGUGGGAGGGCCUCGUGCAGUGUUGCUAUGUGAGAAACCUUUGGUAGGGAUAAGAACCUGUGAGAAUUUCAUCACACUGUAGAUAACUAAUUCUUGUUUGCCUCCUGCUCUUUCCCACGGUUGGCAGGCAACAACGCAAUGAUGUUGCCAUAGCUUUCCAGUGCAACCAGCUUCUUAAUGAUCUGAAAGACAUAUUUAGUUCCCAUCAGGGGGUACCCACUGGCAUGGUUACAACUUCAUGCGGGCAACUUUGGCAUCAGUUUUGCAUGCUGAAACUUUUAAGCAGUUUGAUUAGGUUCUGUAUACAGUAAUGUGAUGAAACAAGCAUGCCCUCUCCUCCUUCCUUCCCUUCCCCUUCAGUUCAGUUCUCACAAUGCCAGGCUUCCCUAGCUUCCAAAAAUAGGCUCAGAGGGGGCCACUUUAUAUGCUAGUAAAUUUAUAAAGAGAAGGCACUUCCAAGUAGGAAUUAGAGCUGUAAAUGUUAACCGUUGCAUGCAUUUACUGUUGUGUGCUCACACAUGGCUAAGCCAUGGAUAGGUGUACCUGUACAGUGAGUUUGCAGCCUUGUAAAUAAUUGAUUUAUAUGUAGGAUUGUCAUGUAACUAUCUUUGCAUGAAGCAUAUCAGCUACUAUGUAACUUUUUGUAGCAGUCGGGGCAGCCUUUAGGACUAAAUUCACAUUGCUUGUAGAUAAUAUGGAUGAUAUUUCUGUGUCAAUUUGCAACCUGUUGGUGGUUGCAAUUUCAAAAUUUAAAAUAAACAUUUUGUUUUCUUAAAAAGGUUACACUUUAUAUUUUAAAAAAUCAAGCUGGCAAUUGAACAUACAGCCCAAGAGAACAUCAAUGUAAAAAUGUGUUUAUUCUAUACACUGCUUGUUAUUUCCUUUAGGACAUUCGGGAUUGUAUGGGACCUGUAAGUACACUUACAGAACUGAAUGCCAAAGUAAAGGAAAAGUUUCAGCAUUUACGGCUUAGAAUACAGGUGAGGACUAAAUAGAUUUUGGGGUGGGGGUGGGGAGUUGCUAAAUCCUAGAAUCGUAGAGUUGGAAGGGACCACGAGGGUCAUCUAGUCCAACCCCCUGCAAUGUAGGAAUCUCUUGCCUAAUGUGGGGCUCGGACCCAUGACCUAGAAAUUAAGAGUCUCAUGUUCUGCCGACUGAGCCACAAAUAAGCACCCUUUUCUGUUACAGCAAAACAGAUUGUUGAAAAUAGCAUGUCACUAAGCAUAACAGCUUUAGAAACCUGGUUCUCUGGUUCUCUGUUUUCUGUCUCUCAUAAGCAACAUGUGACCUUAACAGCCCCAAAGACCCAGCUAUCUUUUUGCUGAAAAGGAUGUGCUAAAAGAAUAACUGUGUAUAAUUUGAUUAGGAAAGAAAUACCCAAGAGAACAGCUAGACUUUAUUACCAAGUAGGAACAACAUUGUAAUGAAUUUUGUUGUUGCUUGUAUUCAAAUUGAAUAACAAUAAUAUUAAAAAUGAUAAUAUGCACCUGCUGUUCACGGCUUUAGGAGCUUGAGCAGAUGGCGAAGGAGCAAGAUAGAGAAUCAGAAAAGCAAGCAUUGCUCCAAGAAGUAGAGAACCAUAAGAAGCAAAUGCUCAGGUCAGUAGAACCCUAAAUAUUGUUUACCACUGGGCUGUAUCCAAUGCUGUGUCCAUGUGCAAGCAAAAUGGACUUUCACUUGCACAACAAGACCACCUUCCUUUCCUCCUUCCUGCAGCCCUCAUAAUCUACUCCUGAGAGUUGGGGGACCCCUGGAGCAGAUUUUGGGGGCAUGUGGGGGCCUGCACGGGAGGAGACAAGGAGGGUAAAGUCCUGUUGUGUGAGCAGGAGUCUGUUUGUGCAACAUAGGGUUCUUCCCAAUAAGUGCUUAGGCUGAGAUCUUGUAUUCCCUUCCUCCCAACACUCAAUUGGUGUCAACACCGACAAACCUAGAGCUCUGACACAUGUUUGGUAUAGACAACACUUGUGUGCAACAGUGACAGCAUGGAGGGUGUCUAGGUUAGACUCACAGCACUGUACUGGCUAUACAUCUACUCAGAUGUAAGUCCCAUUGAGUUCAAUGAUAGCUGCAUAAUUCAGGGCAUCCAUCCAAUACUGUGAGUGUCCUUAGCAACCUUCCAGAGAAUAGGAUGGACUGUUAUUAAUUUCUUCGGACAUCCAGACCUUUUCAUUGUUGAACAGACAGUAGAGCCAGGAACAGCGUUCUCAUAGUGUUCAGAUAAAGAGUGGAACAUAAAAAGGUGAGGAAAAUGCAAGAUGCAGCUGUUAAUAGUGUUGAUAUAGCAUGCCCGUUAAGGAUCGUUGUUAAUUAUGUCAAAUAAUAAUGGAGUGUUACAUUUUAAUGUAUGCAGUUAUCUUUGUUGCUUUGCUCUUGAUACAGACAGGGGUGUUUCUAUCACCAUUGUGCUAAAUCUCACUAUAUUAAUAAUUUCAGCAAUCAGACAGCCUGGAGGAAGGCAAAUCUAGCUUGUAAAAUUGCCAUUGACAAUGCAGAGAAAGAUGAACUGCUUCGAGGUGGAGAUCCUUUACGACAAAGGUACACAGUCUUUUUAUAACUCUGGAAUUCGGCUGCCAGGUGUUAUGUGGUGGGACUUCCUAAGCCUUUUGUGUCAAGCUCUGCUUUAGGAGGUCACUAUUUGCAGUCUUGUGCCCACCUUCCUAGGAGUAGAAUCAUAGACUUGUAGAGUUGGAAAGAACCACGAGGAUCAUCUAGUUCAACCCCCCUGCAAAGGCAGGAAUUUUCCACCCAACACGCAGCUUGAAUCUGCGACCCUGAGUCAUGCUCUGCUGACUGAGUAGGCCCCGUUUAACUUACUGGCUUCUGAAUAGGAUUGCACAGUAAGGAGCAAACAGAAUCUCAGAUCAUUAAAAUGGUUGCUUGCCAUUGUGCCAAGUUAGAUGUAUUGAUCUUUGAUUACAUUUUAAUUUUACCCCUGUACUUCCGCCAGAUGGCUAUUUUGGACGAAAUGUUUAAAGAUUAACCUAAACCUUGUAUGAAUAAUUUGCCUGAUUUCUAAUUUAAGACUCAUUUUGAAACAGAACGUUAAAGACGUAUGCUUGCAUUUGUAUGUGUAUCUGAAUGCUUGGCUGAUAUCUUCCAGCUCUAUGGUUCCCAUCACUUUUGAAGCAUUUUGAGUAAUCGGGAAUAUAAUUUUGUUUUUAUAUUAAGUUCGAUUCCCACCCCCUUCUUUUCUUUUAGAAAAACUACAAAGGAAAGUUUGGCAGAGGGGGCCAGUAACAUCACAGAGAACCUGAUGGGUAUUAGCAGGAUGAUGUCUCAGCAGGUACGGCAGAGUGAGGAGACGAUGCAGACCUUAGGUAAGUAAAUGACCACAGUGUGCAGUUUUGGUCGUUGUUUAAUAAUAAUAAUAAUAAUAAUAAUAAUAAUAGUUGAUUGACUCAUCAAAGCAACUUACAACACAGCAUAAACACUUACAUUUACAGCAAGCCAACCAAUAAAAAUUUAGAAACCUUCCACAAACAGGAAUAUAUUACUGAAAAGGCCUGUUCUCAUGUUGCCACCCUCCAGAUCUGCCGUGGAGUUGUUAAACUCCCUUUAGUUAUUAAAUUUCUAUACUGCCCUUCAUCUGAAGAUCACAGGAUGGUUUACAAUAUAAAAACACAAAAGUGCAUACCUUCUCUAUCUCUCUCUCUCCCCCCCACUCCCCCACUUCAUUUUCUCUCUCUUGCUGCCUCCUACAGCUAAAUAUUUAAUCCUAUGCCGGGAAGCACAGAAUUGCAGUGAAAUGGCAAAGGAGGAACAACAUGAUUGAUUCCCUCCUCCAGUAGCUCUCUUGGCUACUUCACUAGCUAUGGAAAAAGAAACGCUCAUUUCUCCCUAACCAGCAUGUUGAUAUUAUAGUAUAAUAUGUCAUAUCAUGUCAUGUCAUAUCAUAUCAUCAUCAUAUCAUAUCAUACAUCAGGAUACCAUGUAUCAAAUCCAGACCUCUACAGCAUGGACUCUGAAGAACAUGCAUGUGUUUCAAAUGGGGCUUUUCUUUUUAAAGUGCACCAAUAGUUAACUCCCACCAACAUUAACUUCUUUCACUCAACUCAAGCAAUGUCUUAAAGCAUUUCUAAAAGAGUUUUGGACUUUGCGUUAGAAAGCCAGAGUUUGGCCUGACAGUUUUCAGCCCUCAAAACUGUAUAUCAAAUCUGCUGUUAAAAUUUGUGGGUCAUUUGGAAAGUGGACCAGCUGGACCUUCUGCCUUUUCUUUGCUGGGAGAAACAGAAGGGAUGGAUUCAAUAAAUGCAGGGUCCGCCCCUUCUCUUCCUUCUCCCUCCAGGGCUGAUGGUUGUCUGCAGCUCCUCAGUGUAUGCUUCCUCUCUCACUAAGUGACAGUCUUGGCAGUGAGACUGUCCUCUGUUAAAGAGUCCAUCCUGUUUGGUUGAGGUAUAGCUAGCAAAGGUCACUCGUCUUGAAAAAGCCAGCUGUACUUAAUCUACCAUUAAAAUGUUGCCACGAUGGAAAAAUGAAGAAGUCCUUACAGCAGCAAGCAAUAAAUAAUCUGGAGUCAGGAAGCCCACAGUUGUCACUUCCCAUGAUAAACAACCUCAAUCUUUCAUGUACCAUGAGAAUGACAAAACUUUUCUCUUUGGUUGGAAAAUAAAAUGGCAAAGAAACGUAUUUGGUUCUGAUAAAAUUUCAUUCUCAAGCAAAAUGUAUUUGCAAACUGAAAUGCCCUUUUCGGGGCCACCUAUGUAGGAAUAUACUGGUUCCUUAGCUGCUUGCUUCUAAACAUUUUGCCAUUAGUGUGUGUUUUAAUUGACCUCCCAUAAUGGAAACUGAAGCCCUGCACAGUGGUUCAUUUUAGGGCCACUUCUUGCAAUAUAUUUUGUACUUGGUUGCAAAGCUGUGUAAUUUAUUAUGAUCAGCACACAUGUUUUUAGUUUACUUGACAUUUCUGCAAGAGAGAAAGACUAAAAAACGACAUUUUGCUCACUUCAGAGAAAAGGUGCUGGACAUCAGAGCAACUUGUGUGUAUUAGGAAGUCCGUAGGUCAUAUUCAACUAAAUGGUCCUGCUAGUGGAAGCCUGUUCAAGGACUUCUGCUAGUGCAACAGGGCUUCCCCUAACCCCAGUGUUCCCCCUGUGCCUUCCUUGAGGAUUGGGAGAACCCAUGAACAGCCUACAAGGGGAGUGAGGAGGAGAUAUUUCCAUCAGGCAAGCAAAAAUGUUUGCACUGAUAAAGUGAUCUCCUUAGUGCUGUAUUAAAUUUCUCCCCAAGGUAUUAUCAUGAUUGAUUUUAAACAGCUCCUGAUCCACAUUCUAACCUUGUUUGGAAAUGUAUCAAAACAGUAUCAUCUUCUUUUUUAAAAAAAUUAAUAUUUGUUACUUUUCCAACAAUUUAAACACUACAAAAACAAUACAAUACAGUACAAUACAAUACAAAAACACUACAUAACAUUGACACAUUAAACACAUUAAACUAACAAAACAAAACAAAAACAGUUUAAAAUAAAUCAAACAAUUUCAAUAUCUUAUCUUUCAUUCACUUAUUUCCACGACCUCCUCACACCUCCCUUUUUGUAUUCCGCUUCUGUUAAUUGUUUCAGCAAUUCCUUUCCAUCUUCCUCUGUUUUCUAUCCUAUAAUUAUCUUAACACAUUCUAGCCUUGUUUUUUCCUUUAAUACUCUAUUAAUCUAUUUAUACUUAAUCCUUAUAACAUUUCUACUAAAGCCAUAUAAUUUCAUUCCAACAUUUUUCUAACAUUCAUUGAUUAUACAGUAUUUCUGUAAGUAGUCUUUAAACUUUUUCCAAUCUUCUUCCACCAACUCUUCUCCCUGGUCUCGGAUUCUGCCAGUCAUUUCCGCCAAUUCCAUAUAGUCCAUCAACUUCAUCUGCCAUUCUUCCCGGGUGGGUAAAUCUUGUGUCUUCCAAUACUUCGCGAUGAGUAUUCUUGCUGCUGUUGUUGCAUACAUAAAAAAGGUUCUAUCCUUCUUUGGCACCAAUUGGCCGACCAUGCCCAGGAGAAAGGCCUCUGGUUUCUUCAGGAAGGUAUAUUUAAGUACCUUUUUCAUUUCAUUAUAAAUCAUCUCCCAGUAUGUCUUAAUCCUUGGGCAUGUCCACCAAAGGUGAAAGAAUGUACCUUCAGUCUCAUUACAUUUCCAACAUUUAUUGUCGGGCAAAUGGUAAAUUUUUGCAAGCUUGACUGGUGUCAUGUACCACCUAUAAAUCAUUUUCAUUAAAUUUUCUCUUAAGGCAUUACAUGCCGUGAAUUUCAUACCUGUGGUCCAUAACUGUUCCCAGUCAGCCAUCAUUAUAUUAUGUCCAACAUCUUGUGCCCAUUUAAUCAUAGCUGAUUUCACCAUUUCAUCCUGAGUGUUCCAUUUCAACAGCAAGUUAUACAUUCUUGACAAAUUCUUGAUUUUUGGAUCUAACAGUUCUGUUUCCAAUUUUGAUUUUUCCACCUGGAAACCAACUUUUUUGUCCAAAUUGUAUGCCUCCAUUAUUUGGUAAUAAUGGAGCCAAUCUCGCACUUUAUUUUUCAAUUUUUCAAAACUCUGCAAUUUUAGUCUGUCUCCAUCUUGUUCCAGAAUUUCCCAAUAUUUCGGCCAUUUGGCCUCCAUAUUGAGUUUUUUCUGUGCCUUCGCUUCCAUUGGUGACAACCAUCUUGGGGUUUUCUUUUCUAGCAAAUCUUUAUAUCUUAUCCAAACAUUAAACAAUGCUUUUCUAACAAUAUGAUUUUUAAACGCUUUAUGUACUUUUACCUUAUCGUACCACAAAUAUGCAUGCCAUCCAAAUGCAUUAUUGAAACCUUCCAAAUCCAACACGUCAGUGUUUUCAAGAAGCAGCCAUUCUCUCAGCCAACAAAAAGCAGCUGAUUCAUAAUAAAGUUUAAGGUCUGGCAGGGCAAAUCCACCUCUUUCUUUAGCAUCAGUUAAUAUCUUAAAUUUUAUUCGAGGCUUCUUGCCCUGCCAGACAAAUCUGGAAAUAUCUUUCUGCCACUUCUUGAAACAAUCCAUCUUAUCCAAAAUUUGUAAUGUUUGAAACAAAAACAACAUCCUUGGCAGCACAUUCAUUUUUAUCACAGCAAUUCGACCUAACAAUGAUAACUUCAAAUUUGUCCAUAUUUCUAAAUCCUUUUUCACUUCAAUCCAACAUUUUUCAUAAUUAUCCUUAAAUAAAUUCACAUUUUUGGCAGUCAUGUUAACCCCUAAAUAUUUCACUUUCUUAACCAGUGUUAGUCCUGUCUCCUCCUGAAACUUCUCUCUCUCAUUCACAGUUAAGUUUUUCUCUAAAACCUUAGUUUUCAUUUUAUUCAGCUUAAAACCUGCUACCUGUCCAAAUUCUUGAAUCAGUUCCAAUACCCUUUUAGUACUGGAUUCUGGCUCCUGUAAAGUCAAUACUAAAUCAUCAGCAAAUGCUUUCAGUUUGUACUGUUUAGCUCCCACUUGUAUACCUUUAACCUCUUGGUCCUUUCUUAUCAUGUUUAACAAAACCUCAAGGACCGAUAUAAAGAGCAAUGGAGAAAUUGGGCAGCCUUGCCGUGUCCCUUUCUCAAUCUUAAACUCUUCUGUCACUACAUUGUUCACAAUUAAUUUUGCCUUUUGUUCUGAAUAAAUUGCACCUAUACCAUUUUCAAACCCUUGACCUACCCCCAUCCCCUGUAGAUUCUUCUUCAUAAAACUCCAAGAAAUAUUGUCAAAGGCUUUCUCUGCAUCCACAAAUAUCAAAACUGCCUUAGUGUUAAUAUUCACUUGUAGUUUUUCUAGAAUAUUAAUUAUAUUCCUCAUGUUAUCAGACAAAUGUCUGCCCGGGAGAAAGCCUGCUUGGUCUUUAUGGAUUUCUUCUACCAACACCUUUUUUAAUCUUUUAGCCAAAAUAUCUGCAAAAAUUUUGUAAUCCACAUUAAGCAGCGAUAUGGGGCGGUAGUUCUUGAGCUGUAUCUUUUCAGUCUCUGUUUUUGGUAUAAGUGUUAUGUAAGCUUCUUUCCACGACUCUGGUGCCUUUCUCCCUUCCAAUAUUUCAUUGCAGACUUCCUUCAAUGGUUGUAUUAACCAUUCUUUCAAGGAUCUGUAAUAUCUUGAAGUCAAACCAUCUGGUCCUGGAGAUUUACCUAAUUGCAUAUUCUGGAUGGCCUCUUCCACCUCCUGAUCCGUUAUUUUGUAGUUCAACAUUAGCUGUUUUUCCUGAGAAAUUUUGUGUAAUCCAUUUAUUUUCAAAAAUCGAUCAAUGUCCAUUUCUUUCUGCUUCUCCUGUGUAUAAAGUUGUUUGAAAUACCUCUGGAAACACUUCCUAAUCUCCACUGGGUUCUGUAUAUUCUUUCCUUCCACUUCCAAAUUCGUAAUAGUAUUGAGUUUUUGUCUUUUUUUCAUUUGCCAGUAUCAUCUUAACUCUUUUUUUUUUUUCAGUUUCAAAAUUUUCCACUCUAUUCUAACUUAGCAGCUGGUGAAAACGGACAUUCUGGCUUUUAAACUGCCACACUGGAAAUCCCACAAAGCCUGUUAUCAAGUAACAUCAACAUUGCAGUAUCUGUCAUUUUUUUGCAGCGGAUAGCACACCAUUGACACUAAAUCUACAUUUACUCCCAUUGCCAAUUAUGUCUUUUCUACUUAGCCAGUUGGUAUCAUUCCAUCUGGCUUCAUUAUGAAAUUUUGGACUGAGAUUAGAUUUUUCUAAUUGCAACAGGGAGACUUGCUUAUCACAAUCAAUUUUACUUAUGGGUAUGGGCCGGCUCUGAUUUUUGUCUUCUAAGAAUGGGGCUCCACAGAAAAAUGCAAGGCCAUUUGGGCUGUGGUGGUCCUUGGAUGAAGGCAAAUGUUGGGCUGUAUUCAGCUAACCCAUUUUGCUAAUGGAAGCUAGACUUCUUCUGACACAACAGGAUUUCUCCCCUCCUGCUGCAUGUCUUUCCCCGCACCUUCCCCAAAUCUGCUCUGGUGGGUUGGGGAAGGAGAGGGGACAUCAUUCCAUCAGGCAAGCAGAUAUGCUUGCACUAGUGGAACAAUCUCCUUUGUGCUGCGUUGUCUUCAUCAGACUUGUCCUCAGCUUUUCUCAAAUGGAAAAGUUCUGUAGCCUGCUUCAUGGGGCUUUGAGCCAAUGUACCUAUUGCAUUGUGUGUUGUAUUCUGUGCUACAGGACCCAAAGUGGACUUGCAUAGUAUGUGUGCUUUUGAUAGUGCCUUUGAAACACUGGGCUGAAAUGUUGCAUUUUCUCUUUUCAGUCACUUCUUCACGAACCAUUCUGGAUGCCAAUGAGGAAUUCAAAUCCAUGUCCGGGACAAUACAGCUGGGACGGAAGCUCAUUACCAAGUACAACCGCAGGGAGCUGACAGAUAAACUGCUCAUCUUUCUCGCCCUUGCCUUGUUUUUGGCCACCGUGCUUUACAUCCUGAAGAAGAGACUGUUCCCCUUCUUGUAAAAUUCUCAGAUGAGGAGAGGAAGCGUGACUGAGGAAGGAUGAAUGAAGGCUUUCUCACAAAGACCUGACACUCUUCUAAUCAAGAGAACAUUCACAAAUGUUCAUAAACAGAACAUAUUAGCAGUCUGUGAAGAUUUAGACUUGCUUAUGUAAGCUAAAUGAGCUGCAGGUUAGGACAAGGAACAAUAAGAAUAUGACCUGUUUCUCUGAGAAUGGCAGGUGUCAGUUCUGAACUGGAUGGUGGAAGACAUACUAAGCCCCUCUCUUGUCUUUGGCUUGGAAUGUGUAUUCCACUUCCUUCCUCCAGAGAUCUGUUCCUGAGAGGAGGGGGACGGUAUUGCUGAAAAUACAUUUAGAUACAUUCCUUUAAUAAAGUGUAUUUGAAUACAGAUAGAGCAGGGAGUCCUGAUUUUUUAAAUAAAAAAAUACCUUAUGAACUCAAAGAGAAAACGUCGCCCUUUAAGUUACUUUUACUUCAGUUGUUUCCGCAAAUGAAAGAAGCAACGAGGCGAUUUCUAAAAUCUCUCCAUAACUGGCAUUAUUGUAAAUGUACUGUAUCUUCCUUUGUCCAUCUAUUUAUCUCAAGAGUGCAGCUCAGGUCAGUCCAUUUGCUUCAUUCCAAGUUUUGCAUUGGAUAGAGAUGUAAAUUGCUUGGCAUAUCAGCUCCUGAAACUUCCCUGUCCUUUUCCUGUUUCCUCGUCAGUUUAAAAGGCAUUGGAAUAUCUUGCAGGAUUACAAGUCAGUGGCAUCACCCAUCUCUUCCUGUGGCUACAGCUGCACCACUGCAGGCCUGUGAGCAUGGAAGGAAAUCCCUGUAAGACACUAUAGAGCCCUUCUCCUUCCCUGUCGGCUCUCAACAGGGUGCAUAAUGUCCUAAGCACGCGGGGUUGUAUUCAGUGUCAGGCCAGCAGCAUUCCACUGAUGCAACAGGACUUCCACGUUCUCUCCUCCCCCUGCGUUGCCUCUAAAUUUGUUCUGGAUGGUCCCCCAACCCUCCAGACUUGGUCUUGUGGUGAGCGGCUGGAGGGAAGAAGAGAGGAAGAUGUUUGCUCCAUGGAAGUCUGCUGUGCCAGUGGAACUGCAGCCUCAGAUACUGUCCACAGCCAUGACACACAGAUGGCCAUUAGCUGAGCCCAAAGCUAUGGAUGCAGGCUAUGUUAGCACGGCAUGAGUUGCUUGCUUCCUGGGAUCUGGUCUAAGCUGGGCCACUGGCUGCUACGAGCAGCGUCUUUCAUUUCAGGUAAUGGCUCCAGCUAAGUUGCUGAGUAGAGAAGGAUCUCAGCUGUUAACUGUUCUGCAUAUACACACAGCUCUGCAGCCAUGAUAGAUUUAUUUGUUUAUUAUUAUAUUAUUAUUAGCCGGCCCUUCCUCUCGAAGGAGAACGGGGCAGCAAGCACCAAAAAGUUAAUACUAAGUACAAAUAAAAUAAAAUUAAAAAUGUUUAAAACAUUUUUAAAAGACUCUGCAUUGACUGCAUAAUUUAGGUUGGCAACGUGGAAGCAAACUAGAAAAAAGUUUUCAACCGUUAAUAGUUUUUGUCCAAAAGUGUUUGACACUGCUGAUGCAAUUCCAACAUGGUGUUGUUGCUCAGCAAACAAUGUGGAUGAUUUUUCUUUAUGAAUGCCAUUCUUUGGGGGGUUUUCGAAUAUGGAUUUGAUCAAAAGAUGAAAGCAGACAUGCAUAUCUUCAUUAUCAGCACUACUGCAUGGUAGUGUAAUGUAUUUAUUAAAAUCACAAAUUAUAAAAGCA